UUAGGUGUAGGGCACUAAAUGCGAGCAGCUCGUUGACUAGAUAUGGGGCUGUAGUAGGGUCCACACCAUCUGCUAGCCAUGAUAUAGAUCUGUUGGGGUCGAAGCUGGUGCGGAUCUUGGUGUACAAGUUGUGGAAGAGCUCGAUAUGGAGUAUGUUCACGGCCUGGCUGCGGAAGGGUGCCUGUGAGGGUUCAUUUUCAGGGCUCUCCCGCGGUGUACUCCCGAGAGGUAUAGGCGGUGAAGCUGCUCUGGCUGCAUGUACUACUGGCCGUGGAGCUGCUGCUCUCAGCAAAGAGCGGCUUCCGUACUCACAGACUCGCUCGGCGCUAUGGCAAUUCGAGCAAAUGGGAUGUCUCUCAUCGCACUGGAGAGGUUAGUCGGUUCGUAGGGAUAACCAGAGCGUAAGCUAAUACCUUGACGUGGCGCCGCUUACACUCGAGACAUCCGUUGCGAGAUUUCUUGUGGACUCUCUGUGGCAUUCCGAGUCGGUGGCGACAAGUAGGCGAAUACUAAGCAGUUGAUAUCCUGGCGCCUAUUGUCCGAAACAGGGGCAUUUCGAACGUUCAAGGUUUCCUACCAGGCUAAUAUGCCGCGUGUGAGAUUAACCUUGGCUCGCCCUAUAGCGAUGGGGCGCAGGGUCCUGUCGAGGAGGAUGGAGCAAAUGAGAGAGGGAAAAGUCCGCGGGUGCACGGGCCACUCUCUAUUAUUAACCCAACCCGAGCCCUACUUUCAUAGACACGGAUCUGAACUGGAUGAUAUAAAGACGAAUAGAUCUUACUAUGCAUACAGCUACCAAGCAUCACUUUCGAAAACUAACCAUAACACUGUCAUGGCAAAACUCGAACCUUUUAGCGGCGACUACUAUCUAUGGGACUAUGUCCCUUCCAUAGCCGCCUCGAUCAUCUUCUUCCUCAUCUACCUCGCCCUAACUCUAUUCCAUGUCUGGAAGGCCUGGAUAACCCGCGCACGCUUCUGCAUCCCCUUCAUCAUCGGUGGAUUCUUUGAAGUAAUCGGCUUCGCCGUCCGCGCCGCGUGCACCAACGCAACCGCCAACCUAAUCCUCUACAUCCUGCAAAGCGUCUUCAUCCUAAUCGGCCCCGUUCUCUUCUCCGCAAGCGUCUACAUGGUCCUAGGCCGUCUGAUUCGCAGCGUCAACGCAGAAAAGUACUCCCUCAUCCGCAUCACCCGAGUAACCAAAGUCUUCGUCACCGGCGACAUCCUCUCAUUCCUAGUACAGGGCCAAGGCUCAGGGUUAAUGGCCACGGACGGCCUAGAGAACAUAGCAAAAGCCAUCGUGAUCAUUGGAUUGAUGAUCCAGAUCAUCAUGUUUGGAUUCUUCAUCGUCGUGGCUACGGUCUUUGAGAAGAGGAUGAAGCGCGCGCCGACGAGUCAGGCGCCGUACACGCAUCAUCUGUACCCUUUGUAUGCGGUUAGUUGGCUGAUUAUGCUCCGCUCUAUCUUUCGGGUUUUUGAGUAUGCGUUGGGGCAGAAGGGCUAUCUUUUGGCGCAUGAGUGGCCGCUUUUUGUGUUUGAUGCGGUGCCGAUGUCUGCUGUGAUGGUUGUCUGGGGGUAUUGGCAUCCUGGGACGUUGAAGGCAGAGGGGGUUCUGGGGGCGCAGCAGGAGGUGGGGAUGGGCUGGUAUCGGAGUAUGGCGUAG